UUGUUUUGGCGUCAGGCGCGCGCUAUGAUGACGCCAUGACGCCGAUGCCCGAGGAUGGCGGCGGCGGCGGCGACAGCCGUGGCCACUGACUGCAGACGGUUGCUAGAGCCACCGAGAUGCCGAAGAGCGCGCCGCCCGCGCGAGGUGUAGACGGGGCACUGCCUGCACAGCAGGUUCUGCCAGCCUCGCUGGAGAGGAUGCCCUCGUGUCCGUGAUGGGCUGUGGGACAAGUAAGGUCCUUCCUGAGCCACCCAAGGAUGUCCAGCUGGAUCUGGUUAAGAAGGUGGAGCCCCUUAGUGGCAUUAAGAGUGAUGUGUACAAGCACUUCAUCACGGAGGUGGACAGUGUUGGCCCUCUCAAAGCUGGGUUCCCAGCAGCCAGUCAGUAUGCAUACCCCUGCCCCACUGCCCCUACUACUGGCUACACAGAGCCUCCCCCAGAGCCACCACGCAGAGCCAGGGUGGCUAAGUACAGGGCUAAGUUUGACCCACGUGUGACAGCUAAGUAUGACAUCAAGGCCCUGAUUGGCCGAGGCAGCUUCAGCCGAGUGGUACGUGUUGAACACCGAGCCACCCGGCAGCCAUAUGCCAUCAAGAUGAUCGAGACCAAGUACCGGGAGGGGCGGGAGGUGUGUGAGUCUGAGUUGCGCGUGUUACGCCGGGUACGUCAUGCCAACAUCAUCCAGCUGGUGGAGGUGUUUGAGACACAGGAACGUGUAUACAUGGUCAUGGAACUGGCCACAGGCGGAGAGCUCUUUGACCGUAUCAUUGCCAAGGGUUCCUUCACUGAGCGUGAUGCCACACGGGUGCUGCAGAUGGUGCUGGAUGGUGUCCGGUAUCUACAUGCGCUGGGCAUCACACACCGAGACCUCAAGCCUGAGAAUCUGCUCUACUACCACCCAGGCACUGACUCUAAGAUCAUCAUUACCGACUUUGGCCUGGCCAGUGCUCGAAAGAAGGGUGAUGAUUGCCUGAUGAAGACCACUUGUGGCACUCCAGAGUACAUUGCCCCCGAGGUCCUGGUCCGCAAACCCUACACCAACUCAGUGGAUAUGUGGGCACUGGGAGUCAUUGCCUACAUCCUGCUCAGUGGCACCAUGCCCUUUGAGGAUGACAACCGUACCCGGCUGUACCGGCAGAUCCUCAGGGGCAAGUAUAGUUACUCGGGGGAGCCCUGGCCUAGUGUGUCCAACCUGGCCAAGGACUUCAUUGACCGCCUGCUGACAGUGGACCCUGGAGCCCGUAUGACUGCACUGCAGGCUCUGAGGCACCCGUGGGUGGUAAGCAUGGCAGCCUCUUCAUCCAUGAAGAAUCUGCACCGCUCCAUCUCCCAGAACCUUCUCAAACGUGCCUCCUCACGCUGUCAGAGCACCAAAUCUGCCCAGUCCACGCGUUCCAGCCGCUCAACACGAUCCAACAAGUCACGCCGUGUGCGGGAACGGGAGCUGCGGGAGCUCAACCUGCGUUACCAGCAGCAGUACAAUGGCUGAGCCAUUUGGCUAUGGUAUAGACAUGUCAUGGGCCCAGCCUGGCCACUCAUUGCUAUGCCUUCUGGGCCUGAUAUCCUCUCUAGAGAUAGGCGUAGACAGCUAACAGGAGGUAAAGAAUGUCUGGCUCCUUCUCCUUCUCUGUGCUUCAGCAGCCCUCUUCCUCACCUUGGGUCUGGGCCAGGUGUGACAGUGGAGGUGGCCCAGGGGGCUGUGACCUCCCUGGCCUGGCACCGCUACUCAUGUUCGUGGACAACUGCUCUGCUAUAAGUUGUGGGAAGGGACCACACCUGGCCUUCACUACCAUGUUUCCCCGAAAAUAAG